AUGGGCGUGACAGACAACAGCGAUUUCUUUUAUGCUAGCUACUACUUUAGGCGCCCAUUAAUGCCGGAUCAGAUCUAUUCAACACCGUAUUCCGGUAGUCCGUUACCGUAUCCACCACCACCAGGUGCUAAUGUACCCGUAACGCCUACAUCAACAUAUAGACAUGGUCCGCGAAGUGAAUCCGGCUCUAUAAGACGCGGUCCUGGAUCAGAGUAUUCUGCUCCCGGUGGCGUCUACGCUCCACCACAGCUUACACCACCUAUGAUUCUGCCACCUACGGAGUUGUACGGAACAAUACCUCGUGCUACGCUCAUACCACGCAACGGACCAAUUUCAACGAUACAGGAUCCAAAAGAUCUCCCAUUCCUUGAUCCAAAUCGAAAACAAGAAACACAAACAAGAGAAGAACUGAUAUAUUAGGGCCUUUCACAAUGACAUUAGCAUUUUGUUCAAGCCUAGCUCCGCCUUAUGGGUAGGAUAUCACUUUACCCAAAAAAUUUACCUGGGUAAGGAAUAGCUCCUAAAACUCUUCUCGGAGUUAAGCCACAAUACGUGUUUGCGUGCGUGCGGUGGUGCUCAACGGCUUUCGUCCCCCGGUUUCCUUCAAAAUCAUUCCAUUUUGUCAUAUUUCCUACUUUAAGCAUCUCCCCCCCCCCCUCUCCCACCCCAUAAAUUUUUGUAGUUGGAAAAAAACCUUUCUUCAAAUUCCAUACUGCCGGGUUCCACAGAGUAAUUCGUUUUGCGUAAGCCAUGUGACUACAGUAAACUAUCUACAUAUACAGUAGGUUAUGUUUGAAUGCAGUACUCUCAACAAAUGAUAAAAAGAAACAAUUGGAAAUUUUUCUACAUAUGUGUGUGCGUUCGGUGCCUGAUGAUACUCAUUAUAUGAAUAUUGAC